AUGACGGCGCUGGGGGCUGAGCCCCUCCGGCAUUCCCAGCUCGCUCCCUCCGCGCCACAGCCGAGCCUCCUCGUGCUGGGCUCGAGCCCCAACGUGCCUCUGAACCGCGGCUUGGAGAGAGCGCUGGAGGAGGCGGCCAGCUCGGGCUUCCUCAACCUGAGCGCCAGGAAGCUCAAAGAGUUCCCCAGGACGGCCUCCAACUACGACCUGACCGACACGGUGGACGCAGACCUGUCAAAGAACCGCCUGACUGACGUUCCACCUGAAGUGGUCCAUUUAGUCUCCCUUGAAACGCUGAACCUUUAUCACAACUGCAUCAGAAGCAUUCCUGACAGCAUCAUCGGCCUGCAGUCUCUAACAUCACUGAACAUCAGUCGUAACCAGCUGUCGGUGCUGCCAGCGUGUGUGUGUGGUCUUCCACUGAGGGUCCUCAACGCCAGCAACAACAAACUCAAUGCUCUCCCUGAGAGCCUUGGCCAGCUCAGCAGCCUCAUGGAACUGGACGUGAGCUGUAAUGAGGUCACAGCCCUCCCUCGUCACAUCGGACGACUCAAAGCUCUGCGAGAACUCAACGUGCGGCGGAAUCUCAUCUGCGUUCUACCUGAAGACUUGGCUGAUCUACCUCUGGUGAAGUUUGAUUUUUCCUGCAACAAAGUCUCCACUAUUCCUGUCUGCUACCGCAAAAUGACUCAACUGCAGUCACUCCAGCUUGAGAACAACCCACUACAGAGCCCCCCAGCUCAGAUUUGUAUAAAGGGGAAAGUCCACAUAUUUAAGUACCUGAUGAUGGAGGCGUGCCGCGGCGAUAAGAUGCCGGAUUCCCUUUACCUGCCCGUCAUGGACCGCCUCAGCCUAUCACGGCCCUCCGCCGGCAGUACGGAGGACAUCGAUCAGCACAAGAAACUUGACAGUGACUCCGGUGUGGGCAGCGACAACGGAGACAAACGCCUUUCUGCCACAGAGCCGUCUGAUGAGGACAGUCUGAGUCUCAAUGUGCCGAUGACCAAUAUCACAGAGGAAGACGGAAUCAGCAAAGAUGACUCCACUGAACAUAUCAGCGCUCUAACAGCGGACAGAAGCCCCUCGGACUCCCUGAAGGAACCGUAUAACUGCAGAGACUCAGCCCUCAGCUCGCGAUUUGUCAGUUAUAUCAAGGGUCGAGGAGGCGACUUUGACGAGCCGCUCAGGAUAGAAGAAGACAGUAACUGGGCCUCGGAGCAAAUGUCGAAGGUUGAUAUGAUCAGUCCUCUGAAGGAAGCAGUGGAGAUGCUGCAAGACCCUAACAGGGUGAAUAUGAACUCGGCGGAUUUAUCUGGAAUUAAACUCUACCCAGUGGAAAUGGUCACCGUAGAUGAGUCUCUUAAUGGCCAGGAGAGUGAUGACGGACAGACCACACCAAAGGCGGAGAUGAUGUGCCAGGAGAAGUCGAACGAUCAUUAUACGCAUGAAGUGCACAAGAGCGAAGCUCAGACCCCGGUGUCCUCGCCCCCCUUCAGCAGCCCCCCCUUCGGCCUCAAGCCCAGAUCAGCUCCACCCUCUGUCCCUUGCUCGCCCCCGCUUUGUCUCAGCCCCCUUACACAGGCCACGCCCAUCGAUAGAGACACGGCCAAUAGCCCAGCCGAGGGAGGCAUGCCGAACAGUGUGUUCCUAAGGACCCAUAAGAGUCUGGAAUCAGUGGAUCCUCAGUUCACCAUGAGAAGGAAGAUGGAGCAGCUUCGAGAGGAGCUGGAACUCAUGGAGCAGCUCAGAGAGAGCAUCGAAAGCAGGCUUAAAGUUGCUCUUCCUGAAGACCUCGGCUCCUCCCUCAUGGACGGGGUGGUUCUCUGUCAUCUAGCCAAUCACAUUCGACCUCGCUCUGUCGGCAGUAUCCACGUCCCGUCCCCCGCAGUACCGAAGCUCAGCAUGGCCAAGUGCCGCAGGAAUGUGGAGAACUUCCUGGACGCUUGCAGGAAGAUGGGCGUUCCUGAGGAUAAGCUGUGUCUGCCCCAUCACAUUCUGGAGGAGAAGGGGCUGGUUAAAGUGGGCAUCACUGUCCAGGCCCUGCUGGAGGAAGCCGCAACCAAACAGAACCUUUUCACAUGAGAGGUCCAGAGCAUGCACUCCACGCCCAAACAUGAAGCCCAUCUCUCUUCGGUUACGUUCACAUUACAGGCAGAGUUCCUUAAAAGGUCUGUAAGACUUAAAAUAGACUUUUAAGGCCAUAAAAUGUCUGAAAGUUCCUCAAGUUCAGCUUUUAUAAUCACCUUAGAAUGGGAUUCUCUGGGAGCAGCUGCACACAAGCUUAAAGUCACCAUGCCCAAUGCCAAGUGUGGGCUAGAGGGGUAUAAAGACCCCAGCAUUGGGCUGUGGAGCAGGGGAACUGUGUUCUCUGGAGUGAAUGAGCUCCUUCCAAUACCUUUGGGAUCAUAGAAGAUCAGUAAAGGGCUUAACAGUUAAUCACGUUUUAUCUAAGGCUUUGUUCACACAGCAGCAAAUCUGAUCUCUUUCCUCAUAUGGGCACUGCAAAAAAUGGUGUCUUGUCAGGUAAAAUGAUCUUAAAUCUAGUCAAUAAAUCAUAUUUCGCCUGUUGAGAAUGUUAUAAACUUCAUUUAAGAUUAUUUACUUUAUUUCUAGGCAUUUUUACUUGUUUUAAGUAGUUUUGUGUAGUAAAGUUAUCUGACUAUAUUAGCAGAUAAUUUUGCUUGUUUUAAGAAAUGAAACCAGCUUGAAAUCAGCAAAAAUGAUCUGCCAGUAUAAUAAGAUAACUUUUACUAAACAAAAUUACUUGAAACAAGUGUCCAGAAAUGUGCAAGAGAAUCUUAUAAGUGCACAACCAUCUCUGAAUAGGAUGUUUAAUAGGUCGACUAGAUUUGACAUGAUUUUCACUUGACGAUGCAUUUUUUGCAGUGUGA